AUGAACGACAAACCUCAAUCACGCCAGAGUCCUGCAACUGGACUUAGUGAAACUGCUUCACGCUUCUUUGUCUCAAUACGCAAGUCCAUCAGCCAUACCAUUCUAACUUCUCCGAGAAAACGGCAUGCCAACAACCUAUGCGGCAUGUAUUCUACCCCAGAAGAACGAAACCCUUAUGUUCAUCCACGAAUGCACGCGAGAUACCCAGACUCCGCAGUUUCCCGUCCUACCAUUGAACAAAUUGCAAUGGGUCUUCAUGUAUCCUGCACACCUCAUCUGCGAAAUCUGUGUCACCACCGGCAUUCUGCGCCCUCAUCACCCUCUCAUAUAAGACACCCCCGCGACUCAUCCGCACUGCAUCGUCCCACACACAGCCUCCCACCACCCCCUUCCCGCUCUUCCCUCAAAAAAACAAGCACUAGCACUACCUUAAAUUGUCCUCCUCCCACCUCAACUGCAUUAAUUCGCCCAUCUCCCUCUACAUCUACGAUCAACUCGGCAAGCCCAGCAACACCCGAUGACCUGCGGUCCCUGCAGUCCAUAAGGCACCGUAUGUCAAAGUUGAUAUUCGGGUACCGAUCUGCAUCCUUGCCGGCCCGUGUGACACCAAAAGCGUCAUCAGGGACAAGUGAUGGAACCCGCCCAACAACCCCAAGAAAAUCAGUGCGAUUUUCUACCAGCGUGCUUGCAUUGGACGAUGAAAAUGAAGUGAAGCACUCAUAA